CAUGGGCUGUUGUCACGGUUAGACGUCGAGGGAAAAAGUUGGAGCUCACUUGUGCACGAACAUCCAUCAUGUUGCAUUGGAACCUCCGAGGAUCACAUUUUGGAAUUGAAUACUCCGCCUUCUCUGCUGGCUUAUGAAUGCAUGUUAUCCUCUCUGUGGAUUUGAUCACUUCGGAAGUGUUGCCUUGACUGUUGCAAGCGUGCGUAAGUUGGCAGGUAUGCGUUCUGACUACUCUUGAAGUGGCAAUUUUUCCAAUCAGCUGAACUCUGCGAAAGGAUUACAAGUACAAGCGGACAUGGCGAGCGAGAGGAAACCGAGGCUUUGCGUCAUGACAAAGGGGGAGCAAGGCUACGGCUUUCACUUGCACGGUGAGAAAGGCAAGACCGGCCAGUUCAUCCGCAAAGUGGAGCCCGACUCGUCUGCAGAGGCGGCGGGCUUGCGCGCGGGGGACCGUGUGGUUGCGGUCAACGGGGUCAACGUGGAGAGAGAGGCGCACCACCAGGUGGUACAGCGAAUUAAGGCUGUGGAAAAUGAGACCAGAUUACUGGUGGUGGACCAGGAGACGCACGAUUAUCUGCGUAACCUGCGCCUCACCGCCACCGAGGAAAUGGCCAUCCCGGGAGAGGAGCCGCCUCCCCCGUUCUCCCCCCCGGACCCGACCUCCCCCAGCAAGGACAAGCUUGAGGACGGGAGGAACGGCUCUGCCAUGGUGGAGUCCAUGUUGCAGAGGAGUACCAGUUGCCAGGUGCCCAAACACACCAGGAGGCUGCCAUCAUUGGCUUCCAAGAAGGAGGUUUCCGCCCAGGCUCAGUCCCGAUCGCGGCUCCACGGCGACCCCACCGAGCUGGCGCCGCGUCUGUGCCACUUGGUGCGCGCCGACACGGGCUACGGCUUCAACCUCCACAGUCAUCGCUCCAGGCCGGGCCAGUACAUCCGCUCGUUGGACACGGGCUCGCCUGCCGACCAGGCUGGCCUUCGACCUCAGGAUAGAAUCGUUGAGGUAAAUGGCGUGAGCAUCGAGGGCAUGCGCCACUCCGAGGUGGUGGCCUUCAUUAAAAAAGGAGGCGACGAGACCUGGCUGCUGGUGGUGGAUCCCGACGCCGACGAAUACUUUAAGAUGAAGGGCAUCGUCCCCACCGUCAGCCACGUGAAAGAUUACGACGGUCCCUCCAUCUCCAACGGAUCUCACAGCCCUCUCGUGAACGGCAGCUCCACCUCACAUUCCAUCAGGUCGACCACCUCGGACCAGAGUAACUACGGCAAGGGCCCGCAGCCGGCUGGCGACGAGCGAGGUCGAUUUUCGGACCCGUUCGCCGAGAUCGGCCUGAGCGCCACGGCGGCUGAGGAAAAGCGGAAGCUCCACGCCAAGGAGAAGAGGCGGGCGCCGCAGAUGGACUGGAUGAAGAAAUACGAGCUCUUCAGUAAUUUCUGAGGAGAUGCUUCCAAGCCGAGAGGAGGACAAACAAACUAAAGAAUGAAUUGGAAGGAGCCAGACAUCAUUGUAGGAUCGUUCCUCUACUUUAGCGGACAUCUUUUUAUAUUUAAAUAAGCAUCGCCAUGGCAACAUGGAGUUCACUGUGACAGAGUGCGCCGCCCUCCACCAGCAGAGGGCAGACUUGCACCACAAAUACAACAUCCUCUGCCAGAGCAAUUGUUUUUUUUAAGUCAUAAUUUGCCCUAUUUUACGGGGGGGGAUUUAAAAGCAACUAUGGCUGUUGCUAAAGGUGCCCUGCUAUUGAAGACACAGUAUUACUUUCAAACAUAUGUUUUUGAAGGAAUUGUCCAAUUUAAAGGUAACAAAGGCCUUUAACGUUAUCACUGAUGACAUCAAAACGACUUGGAUAUUAUUUCGUAUGAAGCCGGGAUUAUUUCGUUUCUUAAUGAAUCAUAAGAACGAGAAAAUCUGAACAUAUGAAGGAAAAUGGCACCUAUGAAAGGCUGAAAGAAGAGUUUGGCUUUGUGACCUCAUCACCGUAUUGUUUAUUAGUUACUGUACAUAAACUUUGUCCAUUCAAGUUCACAGUUGCAGAAGACACGUACGCAAUAAAGGCCACUUUCACAAUCCA